AUGGCAGGGGUAAGCAGCUGCAUGAAAUAUUCCAUGUUCAUCUUCAACUUCUUUUUUUGGGUGUGUGGUUGUAUUAUUUUGGGUGUCUCUAUAUGGAUACGUGUUAACAAAGAUGCUCAGCAGGAGUUCCAGGUGGACAGCAGCAUGUUUGCAGGAGUUGAUCUACUAAUAGCUGUGGGCUCCAUCAUCAUGGUCCUCGGAUUUCUAGGGUGCUGUGGGGCCAUAAAAGAAAGCCGGUGCAUGCUGCUCUUGUUUUUUAUUGGACUGCUUCUGAUCCUGAUCCUUCAAAUCACAGCAGGUAUCUUAGGAGCAGUAUACAGAUCUCAGAUUGAAACAGCCCUUAACACCAUUCUCCAAGAGAGUGUUAAGACAUUGCAAAGCUCUACAGAAGAAUCAAAAGCAUUUCAAGAGACGUUACAGAAGUUUGAGAGUAAGAAUCAGUGCUGUGGUUUGCUGAAUGGGCCAGAAGACUGGGGAAAAAAUUUGAAUAACUAUAAAGCCUGUGAAUGUGCAUCAGAGAACCAAUCAACAGACCUCUGCACCUAUGCUCAAGGCAGAUACAUUUAUAAAACGCCUUGUGGAGAGAUAAUAAUCAAACAACUUAAAGACCAUAUGAUCAUAAUUAUGGGGAUAGCAUUUGGACUGGCAGUUAUUGAGAUUCUUGGUUUGGGGUUUUCUAUGAGCCUGUACUGCCAGAUCCAGAGAAAAUGA